GCAGAAUCAAGUAGUUUGUGAAGUGGUUAAUGAAAAAAAGUGGGAAUUAUGCUUUAUAUGUGAGCAGACUGGUGGAGAGGUGAUAGAGACAAGUCCGCCUGGUGCGCGCGUGCCUCCACCUGGUACUGUCCAACAGAGACCUGCUCCACCUCCAUUUUAUAUGAACCAGCAGCAGCUGCAGAUGUUGCAGUAUUUGCAGCAGCAGAAUUCUGUUAGCCUUGCACCUCAGCAGCAGGCUCUCCUGCAACAGCUGCAGUCGCAGUACAGAGCAAUGCAGCAGCAUCAGCAGAUGAGGUUGCAGCAGCAACAGAGGGUUGGGGUAGUACAGUCGCAGCAACAGCAGCAGCCAUCUCUGACUCAGUAUGGCACCUAUCAGCAGCAACAGAGUUCUGUCAUCAAGACAUACACCAUGCCCCAGCAAACG